CGGCGGCUGCAGGCUCCGAGCUGUAGGAGCCGAAUCGGGGGAGGAGGGGCCGAGCCCCGGAGCCAGCACUGGGCGGCCUGCAGCCCUAAGGGCAAGGUAAAGGCCAAGGGUCCCUGCGGCGCGACCCCCUCCCGCCCGGGCCUCCCGCCCUCGGGACCCCAAGCUCCGCCUCGUCGACCUCGGUCUCCCCCAGACCCCAGCCCUAGCCUGACGACAUCCCCUGCCGGCCCGGGCCGCAUCCUCCGCUCUUCCUCCGCCGAGGAAGCAUCCUGUCCGUUCCUGGAGCCAAGGGAUGCACCUGCGUUCUGCCCCUUCCCCUCCUGCCUCCGGCGCCUCAGCAUCGCCUCAGCAUCGCCGCCGCGACCACUUGCACAGGCUGUGGCCCUGCCAAUGACCCUGUGAGUGCCGAGACGCCGCCCCUGCCCUGCCCUGCCCCAGAGUGGCCCACCUUCCUACCCCAGCAUGGCGUCCGAUACCCCUGAGUCCCUGAUGGCCCUCUGCACCGACUUCUGCCUGCGCAACCUGGAUGGCACCUUGGGCUACCUCCUGGAUAAGGAGACUCUGAGGCUGCAUCCAGACAUCUUCCUGCCCAGCGAGAUCUGUGACCGGCUCGUCAAUGAGUACGUGGAGCUGGUCAACGCCGCCUGCAACUUUGAGCCGCACGAGAGCUUCUUCAGCCUCUUCUCCGAUCCUCGCAGCACCCGCCUCACCCGCAUCCACCUCCGUGAGGACCUGGUGCAAGACCAGGACCUGGAAGCCAUCCGCAAGCAGGACCUGGUGGAGCUCUACCUGACCAACUGCGAGAAGCUGUCCGCCAAGAGCCUGCAGACCCUGAGGAGCUUUAGCCACACCCUGGUGUCCUUGAGCCUCUUCGGCUGCGCCAACAUUUUCUAUGAGGAGGAGAACCCGGGGGGCUGUGAGGACGAGUGCCUCGUCAACCCCACCUGCCAGGUGCUGGUCAAGGACUUCACAUUCGAGGGCUUUAGCCGCCUGCGCUUCCUCAACUUGGGCCGCAUGAUUGACGGGGUCCCUGUGGAGUCCCUGCUGCGGCCUCUCAAUUCACUGGCCGCCUUAGACCUCUCGGGCAUCCAGACCAGUGACGCGGCCUUCCUCACCCAGUGGAGAGACAGCCUCGUGUCCCUUGUGCUCUACAACAUGGACCUGUCCGACGACCACAUUCGGGUCAUCGUCCAGCUGCACAAGCUGCGACACUUGGACAUCUCCCGAGACCGCCUCUCCAGCUACUACAAGUUCAAGCUGACCCGCAAGGUGCUGAGCCUCUUCGUGCAGAAGCUGGGGAACCUCAUGUCCCUGGACAUCUCUGGCCACAUGGUCCUGGAGAACUGCAGUGUCUCCAAGAUGGACGAGGAGGCAGGGCAGACCAGCAUCGAGCCUUCCAAGAGCAGCAUCAUGCCCUUCCGGGCUCUGAAGAGGCCACUGCAGUUCCUCGGGCUCUUCGAGACCUCCCUGUGCCGCCUCACCCACAUUCCGGCCUACAAAGUGAGUGGCGACAAGAACGAGGAGCAGGUGCUGAACGCCAUUGAGGCCUACACUGAGCACAGGCCUGAGGUCACCUCGCGAGCCAUCAACCUGCUCUUCGACAUCGCGCGCAUUGAGCGCUGCAACCAGCUCCUGCGCGCUCUGAAGCUGGUCAUCACCGCCCUCAAGUGCCACAAGUAUGACAAGAACAUUCAAGUGACGGGCAGCGCUGCCCUCUUCUACCUGACGAAUUCCGAGUACCGCUCAGAGCAGAGCGUCAAGCUGCGCCGGCAGGUCAUCCAGGUGGUGCUGAAUGGCAUGGAAUCCUACCAGGAGGUGACGGUGCAGCGGAACUGCUGCCUGACCCUCUGCAACUUCAGCAUCCCUGAGGAGCUGGAGUUCCAGUACCGCCGGGUCAACGAGCUCCUGCUCAGCAUCCUCAACCCCACUCGGCAGGACGAGUCGAUCCAGCGCAUCGCCGUGCACCUGUGCAAUGCCCUGGUCUGCCAGGUGGACAACGACCACAAGGAGGCCGUGGGCAAGAUGGGCUUCGUCGUGACCAUGCUGAAGUUGAUUCAGAAGAAGCUGCUGGACAAGAUAUGCGACCAGGUCAUGGAGUUCUCCUGGAGCGCGCUGUGGAACAUCACGGACGAGACGCCGGGCAACUGCGAGAUGUUCCUCAGCUUCAAUGGCAUGAAGCUCUUCCUGGACUGCCUGAAGGAAUUCCCAGAGAAGCAGGAACUGCAUCGGAAUAUGCUGGGACUCUUGGGGAACGUGGCAGAGGUGAAGGAGCUGCGGCCUCAGCUCAUGACUUCCCAGUUCAUCAGUGUCUUCAGCAACCUGCUGGAGAGCAAGGCUGACGGGAUAGAGGUGUCCUACAACGCCUGCGGCGUCCUCUCCCACGUCAUGUUUGACGGGCCUGAGGCCUGGGGCAUCUGCGAACCCCAGAGGGAGGAGGUGGAAGAGCGCAUGUGGGCAGCCAUCCAGAGCUGGGACAUCAACUCACGGAGAAAUAUCAAUUACAGGUCAUUCGAGCCAAUACUUCGCCUCCUUCCCCAGGGAAUCUCCCCCGUCAGCCAGCACUGGGCCACCUGGGCCCUGUACAACCUUGUGUCUGUCUACCCUGACAAGUACUGCCCCCUGCUGAUCAAAGAAGGCGGGAUGCCCCUUCUGAAGGACAUGAUCAAGAUGGCCACGGCGCGGCAGGAAACCAAGGAGAUGGCGCGAAAGGUGAUUGAGCACUGCGGCAACUUUAAAGAGGAGAACAUGGACACGUCCAGAUAGAGGCCUCUGCCCGUGGCCGCCAGGCUCUGGACCACGCGGCCGGCAGGCGGCGCUCUGCGGCAGCCCGGCUGGCAGACCCCCAGCCCCGGGAGCCGCCCACCGGACGAAGGGACACAGGGGAACUUUUGCACAACUGACGCUUUUCCUUAAUUAGUGAGAUAUAUAUAUUAUAUAUAUAUUAUUUUUUUUUGGUUAGGAAGUGUGAAGUUUUGUGUAUAUGAUUUCUGUACAAAAACAAAAACACUCCCCGAGUCCCUGCAGCUCCCGGGCCAUUCCCAGGCCCCCCUAGAAGCCUGCGUUGCCACCAUACUCCUACUCCCAGCGACUAAACGCCUCCAACGUGUGAGUGUCCGGUCCUUCCCCAGUGGUCUCAGACCCUGGCCUCGCUUCCUAGUAGGAGAGGCAGCAGGCUUCUCACAGCCCACUCCAGCACCCUAACCCACCCACCGAGCCGGAGAGCCCCAUCCGGGUUCCUGGGGGCGGCUGAUAGGGUUUAGGGAUUAAAACUAACCCCCGAGUCUCCUAAAUGCCUUGGUGCUCCCAGCAGUGGGCCAUCUGGGGCAAAGAAGUGAGCCGUGCCCAGGCCUAGGCAGCCCAGGCCCCAGAGGACCCUCCCUGAGUAGGGCUCACCAUGGCCCUGCUGCUCUUGGCCAGGCCUGCCUGAGGCCACGCUGCUAUGGAGGCUGCCUCCUAGUCUCCCACCAGGUCCCAGGCUGUUGAAGGCCCCAGUCCAGGGCUCAUCCACUGCCCCUUUUGCCAAACGUACCAGAACCUGCCCCAGCCCUGGAAGCCAGCACCUUCUGGGACUGGGGGCUUGUUCACUCCCCAGCCCUUCAUCUGCCCACAGCACCCAAGGUGCCCAGGCACCCCACCAGCAGAACUGAGCCUGCCUGCCCCGCCGCCCCCAGGACCCCACAGCUCUGACCGGAGCUCCCCACGCUGACCUUUCCAGCAGCAACAGGCGGGUGCCUCCAGGCCAGUAUUUGGCACCACCUGCCGUGGACACCCUCCCCCCCUGCCCCAGGGCUUUACCUUGGAAACCUCUGAGCUGAGUUUCAGAGAAGUGCGAGCCCCAGGUGUAUCGGCGUCCCCGCGCUCCCUCGCCAUCACUCGGGGCUGCUGCUGUGGUGAGACAGACGGGGUGAGGAGGCCCCUCUGGAACAAGGGGCCUGGGGGCAGGCCUUGGGGCACGGCUGCUCGCCCCACCUCCUGUUCUGGGCUUCUCCCAGCAUUUCUGCCUCCACGCAGAACAGGCUGGAGGAGUGGCCCAGGGAACAGGCCCCUGGCCUUUUUCUCCUGGAGUCUUUCCCUCCCAGCCCUGGGAAGAGACAGCUGCCCUGUAUUCCCCAGCUCGGCAGAUGGGCCGCAGCUGGCCCUCCCUCCCGUGCUCAGGUGGCCUGAGCCAGCCACCCCCACCCCCACGGGCCGCACUCACACCGCAUCGCUUUACUACCUGGGGUCUGGGUAAAUGUCUGUACUUCGGGAUAUCACAGAAAUACAUUUUUGUGCAAAGUGGAGAA